AUGGAUGACGGUACAGUAAAUAUCCAGUCUGGAAUUAACAUCAACAUAAAAAGAACAGAUGGCCGUAUUCACUCGGCGAUCGUGUCCGGGGUGAACCUGGAGACACGGUCGGUGACCGUGGAGUGGUACGAGCGUGGCGAGACCAAGGGGAAGGAGGUGGAGAUCGAUGCCAUACUUGCGCUCAACCCGGAGCUCGCCGGCGUGCGGCAUCACACCUCGCACUUGCAGUCCAUGCCUAACAAGCUGGCCAGGGAGCCGUCGGGCUCGUCGUCGGACGACGGCGGCUUCCUGCGGGAGGGCGCGGAGUGCGAUGGGGGCGAGGGAGGCGCGGACGCGGGACACACGCUGCCCGUGCGCCACUCACGCUCGGAUAUGACGCGGCAGUCCAUACCGGUUGCGACGAAAGCGCCGUCGCGUGUGACGCGCAACAACCAGAUGCGAGUGUCGAAUGCCGGCGGCUACACGAACGGGCACGGCGGCGACACGACCGGACGGCGCGGCACAGAGAAUGUGCCGCCGCCACAGCCGCAGCCGCAGCCACAGCCACAGCUGCAGCCUCCCACCAAUGCGCGGGUCACACAGCAGACGCCAGCGUCGGGCGGUCGUUCACGAGCUGUCACCACUCCCAGCGCCGCGUCUGUGCUACAAAGUCUGCCGCAGGGACCUCAGCCUCCUUCAGCCUCGCAAGGACAAAGACGGAUUCAAAAUAUUAAAGAGUUCGGCGUGGGCGGGGGCGGCGGCGGCGGCGUGGGCGUGGUGACGCGCACGGCGGCGACGGCCAGCGCGGCGUCCGUGCCGCACGCCGUGGCGUCGGGCGCCGUGCGCAGGUCCAACGUCGUCAAGGAGGUGGAGCGCCUCAAGGAGAACCGCGAGAAGCGGCGCCAGCGCCAGGCUGAGCUCAAGGAGGAGAAGGAGGCGCUGAUGAACAUGGACCCGGGCAACCCGAACUGGGAGUUCCUAGCGAUGAUCCGCGAGUACCAGAGUAGCAUCGAGUUCCGGCCGCUGGUGGGCAGCGAGCCGGUGGAGGACCACCAGAUCACCGUCUGCGUGCGCAAGCGCCCGCUCAACAAGAAGGAGAUCGCCAAGAAGGAGGUGGACGUAAUCAGUGUUCCGACAAAGGACCAGAUGAUAGUUCACGAGCCUAAAAACAAAGUGGACCUAACGAAAUACCUCGAGAACCAGAAAUUCCGAUUCGACUACGCCUUCGACGACUCGUGCACGAAUGAAGUUGUUUAUAAAUACACGGCCAAGCCGCUGGUGCAGACGAUCUUCGAGGGCGGCAUGGCCACGUGCUUCGCGUACGGACAGACCGGCUCCGGCAAGACGCACACCAUGGGUGGAGACUUCCAGGGCAAGACUCAAGACUGCAAAAAAGGCAUUUACGCAAUGGCGGCGCGGGACGUGUUCACUUACCUCAAGUCGCCCAAGUACAAGCCGCUCAACCUCAUCGUGUCCGCCUCCUUCUUCGAGAUCUAUUCCGGGAAGGUCUUCGACUUGUUGGCGGACAAGGCGAAGUUACGCGUACUGGAGGAUGGUAAACAGCAAGUGCAGAUCGUGGGGCUAACGGAGAAGGUGGUCGACAACGUGGACGAGGUGUUGCGUCUCAUACAGCACGGCAACGCGGCGCGGACUUCUGGACAGACGUCGGCGAACUCGAACUCGUCGCGGUCGCACGCCGUGUUCCAGAUCGUGGUGCGGUCGCCGGGCAUGCACCGCGUGCACGGCAAGUUCUCGCUCAUCGACCUCGCCGGCAACGAGCGCGGCGCCGACACCUCCUCCGCCAACCGCCAGACCAGGAUGGAGAGCGCGGAGAUCAACAAGUCGCUGCUGGCGCUGAAGGAGUGCAUCCGCGCGCUGGGCAUGAAGGGCAACAACCACCUGCCGUUCCGCGUGUCCAAGCUGACGCAGGUGCUGCGCGACAGCUUCAUCGGCGACAAGUCGCGCACCUGCAUGAUCGCCAUGAUCUCGCCCGCCAUGUCCUCCUGCGAGCACUCGCUCAACACGCUGCGAUACGCCGACAGGGUGAAGGAGCUGGGCACGUCUGAGGGCAGUCGCGGGCGAGGCGAGUCGCCGCCCGCCGACCGCGACGUCGACGUGGACAUGGAGCCGCCCGGCCACGAGCUGGCGCACCUGCGCUCGCUCAACGAGGGUGACAUGUCUGCAGAGAUGUACACCUUCCACGAGGCGAUUGACGAACUGCAGCGUACAGAGGAAGAAGUGCUGGACAACCACAAGGCGAUCUGUGACUACAUGCAGCACGCGUUACAGCGAUGCACCCAACUACUUGCCAUCACACGCGACGUCGACUACGACCAGGACUCGUACGCGGCGCAGUGGGAGGCGCUGCUGAACGAGCAGCUGGCCGUGCUGGCGCAGGCGCGCGACCUGGUCACCGAGUUCCGCUCCAAGAUGCAGCACGAGGAGCACGUGUCGCGCCGCAUGCAGCCGCACUAG